UAAAAUUCCGCAAGGGCAGAUAAUUUCUGAAAUUUACACAAUUUUGUUUUAUUUAAUUAAUCCAUUUUACUGUUGUGCUAGCAAUGAUAUGUGAAAGGUUUGCUUGAAGAUGAUGUAAAGAAUUGACAGAGUGGUAAAGAAGUGGAGCUGAAAGGGAAAAUGUAGACUUAGGUUCUCAGAUUAGUGCACACUUUAGACAGGGACAUGUUGAGGCUACAGUGGAGACGAAUCAGAUCCAGGUAUCCAUGGCUACAGAUUGUACAGACUUGGAGGUUCUGGCUUCUGGUUGUAUUCACAGUCACUCUACUCACGUAUGCUAUAAUCUCCUUCAAGAGGAGGCCGUUCACUUACCUUCAACAAGAAAUCAAAGAAGCAUGGCUAGGUGAUAUUGAGUUUGACUUCCAGACAGGGCUGUAUUUUCACAAGCAGGGAAAGAAUGUUUAUUUGCGAGGUUCGAUGCCAGAUUCUCAAGAAUUAGGAGGCCACCCUAGUCACUGUGCUAUUUAUAAUUUGUCAAAAUACCUUUGUGCUUCGUGGUAUCCGAAAGUGAAAUUGGAAGUGGAAAAUGUCGUCGAGGAACAUGCUAAAUGUCAGGUCCUUACUUGGACGCCACUAUUUGAAAAUUAUAAACCACAUACAUGCUUCUCUCUGUCUGAUUUCACAUGGUAUGGCGGGUCAUUACUUCAUCAACAAAUAUGGCCGCUUAACAAAGCUGACAUUCCAUUACAGUUGUAUAGAACACAUGAUUUGGAGAGUUAUAAAGGGAAGACAAAUGUGUUUGCAAAUACUCUGGACUGGUUCUGGAUUAGUUCAGCUGGAAUUGCUGUCAUUGUUGAUAAUUCACUCCCUGUUCAUGUGAGCAUAAACCAGUCUGGGGAUAAAUUAAUGUGUUUUCAUUCUAAGUCAGAGCAAAAGCCUGUUUUAAAGUACACAGUAUGUAAAGCAGCAAAUAUCCGCAAAAUUCAUCGUUAUGUGAUAAAGAAAUAUGUACAUUUACCGCUAAAACUUCCAAAAGAUAACUAUUUCAUGUACCCUAUGUGGUCAACCAAUCCUGUGUUUAGAAAUUCCCUAAAUCAAGGAAAUUUAUUAAAGUAUGGACAAGAAAUAAAUAAUAAUGGUUUUGAAAGCUGCUUAAUUGAUAUAAAUGAUAAUAGUUUAGCAUUGUUUAAAUCUGACCCGUUUGAUAAAUCAAAAUUUCCGAACUCCCAGCAGUCGCUAAUGAUUUUAAGAGGAGACUAUAAGAUGGAAACAUUCUUACCAGUAUCGCCAUUUGUACCAGUGGUGGAAAAUACUGACAAAACUAGACUGGUACAGGAUUUGGUAGAUAAACCAGUUGUGGUACCUUUCGAAGGGCAAGAGGCGAAUAUUGUUAAUUUAUUAGAUGAUAAAGUUACUGACUGGUAUAUUGAUAAAUUACAGGAACUGAAAAAGGAAUUUGGCAUUAAUGGAUUUCAUUUGAUUGGUGGAGUUUCAGAUUAUUAUAAUUUUUCAAAUAAUGUUUUUAACUCUGUGGAUAUUGAGAAGUUUUCCAGACGUUUUGCUUCAAGUAUAAGUGAAAAGAUGGACUUGACAGUAUUUUCUAAUUUUGCAUCAAAGAGUCAGAAAGGUGCUUUAUUCAUACAGUUACCUGGUCAACUAUCGUCCUGGGGAAACACCGGUGGACUUAAAAGUCUCAUUCCAUCUGUACUGACCCUUGGUGUGCUUGGAUACCCAUUUGUGAUUCCAAACACUAUAGGAGGUAUGGGUACAUUGAAAGUGAUCAAUGAAUCCUACACAGAAAGGAUCAAGCCUGAUCGAGAGUUAUAUGUAAGAUGGAUGGGUAUAGCUGCCUUUAUGCCAUGUAUGAUGUUCUCAUACCCUCCAUGGCUGUAUGAUGAAGAAGUUGUAACCAUUGCUAAACAGUUUACAAAACAACAUAAAGAAAUUGUAGCUCCAUUGGUUAUCAAAGCAGCAAGGGAGUUUGAGCAUAUUGGUACCCCUAUCAUUCAGCCACUUUGGUGGACAGACCCACAAGACACAACCUCAUUGACAGUAGAUGAUGAAUACCUUAUAGGGGAUACUUUGCUAGUCGCUCCUAUAGUGAGUGAAGGGAAGACGCAGAGAGAUAUUUACAUUCCACAGGGAAAAUGGAAAGACAUGAUGAAUGAUGUCGAGGUGGAAGCUGGGACUUGGAUCAGAGACUAUCAUAUUCCAUUAGAUAAAGUGGCAACUUUCAUGAAAGUGAAAUCAUAAACAUUCCUUUACAUUUCUAUGUCGACAAGAAAGUAAUCGGCAACCUUGUAGAACAACGGAUCUGAUACAGACAGAUUGCUUUUUAGCUCACCUGAGCAUGGAGUGCUCGUGGUGAGCUUUUAGGAUUGUUGGAUGUCAGUACUGUUGUCUAUCCGUCAUCCACAGUUUCUUUACAGAACAUCUCCUAAUAAACCACUAAGCCAAUUUCAACCAAACUUCACAAGAAUGUUCCUUUGGUGGGCCCGAUAACUUGAGAGCCACUUGACCCAGAAUAUUUAAACUUCAUAGGAUGAUUGGAUAUGCAGACUAGAUAACCCCUAGUGUUCUAGGGGUCACUCCAUCAAAGGUGAAGGUCACAGGGGCCUGAACAUAGAGAAUCGUUUCCAAUCAAUAGCUUGACAACCACUUGACCCAGAAUGUUGAAACUUUACAGGAUGACAGGACAUGCAGAUUAGAUGACCCCUAUCGAUUUUGAGGUCCCUCGGUCAAAGGUCAAAGUCACGGGCCAGAACAUGGAAAACCAUUUCCGAUCAAUAACUUGACAACCAUUUAACCCAGAAUGUUGAAACUUCAUAGGGUGAAAAGACUUACAGAGUGGAUGAUCCUUAUCGAUUUUGGGGUCACUCGAUUAAAGGUCAAGGUCACAGGGGCCAGAACAUGGAAAACUGUUUCCAGUCCAUAAGUUCAGAAUCAUUUGACCCAAAAACGAAACUUCAUGGGAUGGUCGGACAUGCGGAGUAGAUGAUCCCUAUUGCAUUUGAGUCACUAAGACAACCAUCAGUGUCUCUUUGAUUUUCGCUCCUAUUGACUUCUUGCCUGUUACUACUAUGUAGACAUGCGCUUUUCUACAAAAGCAUCUUCUAGUUUCAAACUAAUUUUACUGGAAUGCCCCUUGAGGGUUGGGAAAUUUUUUCUUACAAAAAAAAUCAAUACAAAGUUCAACUUUACAAAGAAAGAACAUAUUAUUUACUUGUAAUCUGAAUUCAAAAAUAUUUUUGGAUUUUCAAAAUUUAAAAAGUUUUGAAAUACUUACAAUUUUCAUAUUUUAGUAUUCAAAUAUCUUUUUUAAAUGAAUAACCAUUGUAAACGACAUAUAAUUUUAAUAGCGGCAUAGUGAUGUCCAAAACUUUUAGAAAAUCACUGUAAGUUGAGCAUUCAUAAUUAAUCCAUUUUAUUUCAAAAUAAUAAAUAAAUGUAAUUAAUAAAUUGCUUGUUUUAUAAGCUUUCCAUUGAUCAAAACAUUAUUGAUAUAAUUUGUGUUUUAAGAAAGUUUAGGCUGUUAGAACAACAUCUCUUUUAACAAAAAACAUAGAUGUUCGGCGUCUGCCCACCUGAUCAAUGUCUUAUCAGUUCUAAAAAUAGAAAAUACAACGGAUUUGUAUACAAACACGAUCUCCUCUAUAGGUUCCAUAAUUAUAUAUUGUGGAAACUUUAAAAGUCUUCAUUUCAGAAAACACUGGCCCAGUUUCAAAAUAAUUUCACAGAUAUUUUUAUCCCUGACCUCCUACCAAAAUUGUUCAAGUAAACUGUGAAACUGAGGUGAGCGAUCUAGGGCCAUCAUUGCUCUCUUGUAUCCAUUCAGUGCAGGGCUGUCGUUGUAGUAACUACAGCAAGUUUGAUGACCAUCCAUUUCAGACAAGUACCAAGAUAUUGUAGUAUAUAGGUGGUUAAUUUUGCAAUUUGGAAAUGUUUUCUGUUUUCAGAUUGGGAAAUAGUGAAUGGGUUGCAUAAGUUUUGCACAAAAUACAACCGUGAAAUAAUUUUCAUGUUAAUUAGAAAUUUCAAACCUAAACACAACAGAUAAAACCAUUUUGUUAGUAAGCAUGCUAAAAGUAUGUUACAAUAAAAAUGUAUUUCCUGAUGAUAAAGUGUAAUUUUUCAAGUGAUUUUUGAUAGAUAAUGAUUCUAUUAUCCUUGCCUGCUAACAUUUUGUUUUUCAAAUUUAUAAACAAUUUCAAACAUUUGUGUAUGCGGAAUGUCUUUCCAAUGCUUUGUGAGCUUUUUCUGAUGCAAUACAUGUGUAAUAUUCACAUACAGUUAUGGCCCUUGACUUGUGAACAUUGACAUUGUCUGUUUAAUUAAUAAUUUUAGUAACUGUGAAUGAAUCACAAUCAAACAUGUAUAAAAUAUGUACCACUUAAGAAAUAAUUUGUUUAUACAUGCCAGGACCGGAAAUGGUAAUAAGUCUUGCGGGGUAGUUCCAUUAGGGUGCAAAUCAUGAUGGCGAUUUAUACUGCACAGUGAAUAACCAACUCAUUGUGUGCGUAAAUUAAUUAAGACGGUUAUACUAUUUCACAUUUCAUUUUAAACAUGUUUUUAUGUAAAAUGUUUGAUCAAAUUUGAAAGCGCUAUUUCUCGAUGCGUACAAGAUGUGAAAUAUCACGUCUACUUGAUAUCAUAAUAAUAUAGUUGUGAUGAUAAAAAGCAUUGUUAGUCAUAUUAGAAUAUAAUUUUUUUGUGAGCGCCACUUUGCUCAGACCAACGUGAGGACUUUGUGUCCAGCAAGGAUCCAGAUCAGUGCAUAUCCAUAAAGUUUGUUUAUCCCAGCAUCCAUACUGUUUGUUUAUCCCAACAUCCAUACUGUUUGUUUAUCCCAACAUCCAUAAAGUUUGUUUAUUAAUUUCAGGACUAACUGACUUUGUUGUAUGUAACUGAUAGGUAGAAGUGCAGUCUGAUCUGGAUCCAUACUGAUCGCAAAGCCCAAACAUUGGUUUUCAAAGAGCAGUACUUGUGUUAAGUUUGAUAUCAAGGGCAGAGCAGCUCAGUUAUUGCUCUUAACUGGGCCAAAACUUCUGUGUUGACCCAUGUGGUUCUGGUACAGUCUGUGUAUGAAAAGAAUUGGAACCACUGUCUUACCCAGAGCUCCAGAUAAGCUGCGUAUUUGCAUAUUUACGCAAUUAAAAUUGCAGAAAACCCAAUUGAAUUCAUACAGUGUGCGUAAUGAAACGCAAGUAAAAUUCCUAAUACCCAAUUCGUAAAAAAUCGCUUGCGUAUCGCAUUUUCCUUAUUACUAGAACGGGUACGAGACUUUAACGCUAGAUUUGACUGACUGGUUAUAUGUUACCGCAGAACAGGUUGCAAUUUAUCGGAAAAAUCACAGGACCAUUCAGUCGGCUGAUCGGUGUUAUUUGGAUACUUUGUAAACAAUUUUACGCCGAUAAAAUGUAGAAGAGUUGAUGAAUAAACAUUGCUGCAGCACAAACUAAUUAGUGGGAUAUGUUGCUGUUCAACAAUGACAGUUAUCUGAUUGUGACGAUGUAGUGUCACCAAUACUGGAUGAUAUCUUUUGGGAGAAUGCAUAUUGUGGUGACCACAUCGUUCAGGAUAUUGUGGAUGAACUGAUCUCCGACUUCAUUAAAAGUGAAAAAGAAAACAACAGUAUGGAACAUUCAUUACAAUUUUAAAUACAUUUUUGUAUUAAACAUUGAAAGGCGCCAUUAAAGUACUUAGCUACUUAGUCAGUCCUGUUCAAUGAUACAUACCAUGUACCAAAUACCAAAUUCAGACAAAAAGUGAUGGGUAAAUACCCAUUUGCACCAAAAGCUUAUCUGGAGCUCUGCUUACCCAUACGUGAUCGAAAGAGGCGACUUUGCUGUUUCACUGUGAUUCCAGCAGGUAUAAAAGUUUUGAUUCCAUACCUUUUUUAGCUCACCUGUCACAAAGUAACAAGGUGAGCUUUUGUGAUCGCGCAGCGUCCGUCAUCCGUGCGUGCGUGCGUAAACUUUUGCUUGUGACCACUCUAGAGGUCACAUUUUUCAUGGGAUCUUUAUGAAAGUUGGUCUGAAUGUUCACCUUGAUGAUAUCUAGGUCAGGUUGGAAACUGGGUCACAUGCCGUCAAAAACUAGGUCAGUAGGUCUAAAAAUAGAAAAACCUUGUGACCUCUCUAGAGGCCAUAUAUUUCAUGAGAUCUUCAUGAAAAUUGGUCAGAAUGUUUACCUUGAUGAUAUCUAGGUCAAGUUCGAAACUGGGUCACGUGCCUUCAAAAACUAGGUCAGUAGGUCAAUUAAUAGAAAAACCUUGUGACCUCUCUAAAGGCCAUAUUUUUCAUGGGAUCUGUAUGAACAUUGGUCUGAAUGUUCAUCUUGAUGAUAUCUAGGUCAAGAACGAAACUGGGUCAUGUGCGGUCAAAAACUAGGUCAGUAGGUCUAAAAAUAGAAAAACCUUGUGACCUCUGUAGAGGCCAUACUUUUUAUGGGAUCUGUAUCAAAGUUGUUCUGUAUGUUCAUCUUGAUGAUAUCUAGGUCAAGUUUGGAAUUGGGUCAACUGCGGUCAAAAACUAGGUCAGUAGGUCUAAAAUUAGAAAAAUCUUUUGACCUCUCUAGAGGCCAUAUUUUUCAAUGGAUCUUCAUGAAAAUUGGUCUGAAUGUUUACCUUGAUGAUAUCUAGGUCAGUUUCAAAACUGGGUCACAUGCGGUCAAAAACUAGGCCAGUAGGUAUAAAAAUAGAAAAACCUUGUGACCUCUCUAGAGGCCAUAUUUUUCAUGAGAUCUUCAUGAAAAUUAGCGUGAAUGUUCACCUUGAUGAUAUCUAGGUCAAUUUCAAAACAGGGUCACGUACCUUUGAAAACUAGGUCAGUAGGUCAAAUAAUAGAAAAACCUUGUGACCUCUCUAGAGGCCAUAUUUUUCAAUGGAUCUUCAUGAAAAUUGGUCAGAAUUUUUAUCUUGAUGAUAUCUAGGUCAAGUUCAAAACUGGGUCACAUGAGCUCAAAAACUAGGUCACUAUGUCAAAUAAUAGAAAAAAACUACGUCAUACUCAAAACUGGGUCAUGUGGGAACAGGUGAGCGAUUCAGGACCAUCUUGGUCCUCUUGUUUAUAUUGAUGUAAAUGAGAUGUGAAAUCAAAAUAUUUAGGCCUGUUGGUGCCAUAUAACCUCUACUGUGUUGAUGCGCAGUAAAAGCCAAGUCAGAUCAAAUCAAAACUUCUGUGUCUGCUAAAUAAUAGUGAUUUCAGUGUGUCAACAAAUAAUGGGCUCAACAUUGUUGCCCUUUGGGCUGCAACAUUCUAGUAUAAUUCAGUUACAGUAAGUUCUUAAAAAUCUUUAUUGUGAAGUAAUUGACAUGUUUUGAUAUGGCAGUAUUAUUAUUGCUCCGCCUUUUAAUGUAAUUGCCAGAAAGUAAACUUUGCUCAAAGCUAGCUUUUUUAAUUUUUAAAUUUGUUAAUUUGUAAUUUGUCAUUAUAGUUUUCAGUAAUUCAUGACUCUACUGUGAUACAAUUGUGAACUUAAUUUUGUCUUAUAUGUAAGAUUUAGUUGCUGUUUUUUAGCUCACGAGAGCACGAAGUGCUGAUGGUGAGCUAUUGUGACUGGUCAUUGUCCGGUGUCCGUCUUGUGGCGUCCGUCGUGCAUCAUCCAUCAACAUUUGCCUUGUGAACACUCUAGAGGCCACAGUUGUGACCCAAUAUUGAUGAAACUUGGUCAGAAUGUUUGUCUUGAUAAUCUCUGGGUCAUGUUUGAAACUGGGUCAUGUGGGAUCAAAAACUUAUUCAGAAGGCCAGAUCAACUCUGGUGAGCAAUAUAGGGCCAUCAUGGCCCUCUUGUUUUGUAGCCAGAACGUAUCUGUUAUACCAGUACAAGUUAGGUUUUUCAAACCUCAAGAAAAAAAGAUUAGAUUCAUAGAUUCACAUAUCCCAUCCUUGAAGGCAUAAUUGUGUACAAAUAUGCACUGUAUAUCAUGAAAAGGGUUGAUAAUUUAUGUGUUAUAAAAUUGGUAUGUUAAAUUUUCUGUGAAAAAGAAAUGCUUUGUGUAAAUUCCAGUAGGCACAGUUUCUGGUUUAUGUCAGAAAGUAUAUUUAAUUGCAGGAAAAAUACAAAAUUAUAGCUCUGUUAUGGUAACCUGAGCCAAUGCUAAAACAUUUUUUUUUUGAUGUUGUCUCAUUUUAUUUGGUUGUGUAUUUUUAGUGGAAAUACAAAUUAUAUGUUAUGAUGUCUGGAGCAAUGCCUAAACAUUAUUUUUGAUAUGUUUUCUCAAUUUAAUUUGAGACAGAAUUAUUUUUCUCAUCAGUGUUUAGAUAGUCUACAGGUGUUUAUUGUGUACGACUGUACAAUUAGGCCUUAAGAUGGUAUUUUUCACUAUUUGCAAAAACUGCCUUUGGAAUGACCUAAUUUACCGGUAGUAAAAAAUUGUAAAAUCAAAACUGUUCUAGUCUGAUUUUGUGUUUUGUAACAUAUUGUAAAAUUAAGUUAGCCUGAUGUUUUAUUUAUCAUAUUAUAAUAAGUAACAUUCUGUAAAGUUGUUUAUUUUUAACCGGCUUAAAAUUUGGUGGCUGUAUGUGGAGCCAUGAAUUUGUAAAUUUCAAAUUUUAAUCAUAAAAUGUAUUGAAAAUUUAUUACUUUAUUAAGAAUUAAGGUCAUGGAUUUAAACAACCAUAAUAUCCACAAAAUACCGGUACAUCCACCCACAAGUAAUGAUGAUUUCAUGAUGAUUGUUAGUUAAGUAUUUUUUGUAUGCUUAAAAAUUUCCUUUAUUCUUCAUUGACUUUUGUAAUUUUGUAUGCGUUUUUCCUAUUUAUUUUUAUCAUAUUGCAUUUGAUCUACACUUUAACGCUUUGAAAACAUACACUUUUUCAGGUUCUUCCAAAAUUUUGUUUGGAGUAUUAUAAAUGAUUUGUUUGAUAACAGGAUGACUUUAGACAUAUUACCUGCAAUUUCUAAUGUUCAAUUUUGAAAUCAUUCAAGAAAAUCAACUUUUUCAAUACAUGUCGAAUUCUGUGUCAUAGUUAAAGUAAAACUGAUGGAAAUCUCACAACUGAGAAAACACUUUCCAUGCAACAGAUCUAGAUCUCUAGAUUUUUUUAAGGACAAAGCAAAUGAGGGGUGAUUUUAAAACAAUAUUGGAAAUUUUUAAGUACUAGUACGUCUUUCAGAAAGGGUUGAUUUGGUCACAUUUUAAAUGUUAAAAUGUUUAUUCUUGUGAAAUGUUCUAGAAUUCCAGUAAAUAGACUAAGUUUCUAAAAAAGGAUAACAAAUCUGGCUUAACAAGAGCUCUCUGAUUAACACCUGGAAGUUAAUACGCAUGUAUUUAGGAUGUAACAACCUUGAAACUGUUUGAUAAGCAUUUGUAAUUGCAAAAAUUAUUAUAAAAAAUGAUCUGCUCCUGAUCUUAGGUAAAAGCCAGUAUCUUAAGGAACAUUGGGUUAUUUUGUGACUUCCAUUGGUAUCCUAUCAUGAAUACACAGGAAUGAUCUUGAUUGAUGAAAUUUUUUUUGAAAAUUAGAGUGACCUUUAGAAAGUGCUAGAUUCUCAGACAUAAUGCAAAUCUUUGCUUUGAAAUGGAGCUACCGGUAUUCAGUAUUAAGUUGUGUGUUAUCAAAGCAUUUCAGUGUAGAAGAAAAAUUUGAAUGACUGAUUCAGCCAUUUUCUGUAGUAUUGAAAAUUUGUAUUUCUAAAUGUUUUGCUGUAUUGAUGGGCUAAUGACCACUGCUUGCUCAUAGUACUAGGGUAGUGAUAAAUCAUACACAUGAAUCAUUGUUGUUGCUAUAAAGUCAUUUGAGCCGCGCCAUGAGAAAACCAACAUAGUGGCUUUGCGACCAGCAUGGAUCCAGACGAGCCUGCACAUCCGCGCAGUUUGGUCAGGAUCCAUGCUGUUCGCUAAUGGUUUCUGUAAUUGCUAUAGGCUUUGAAAGUGAACAGCAUGGAUCCUGACCGGACUGUGCGGAUGCGCAGGCUGGUCUGGAUCCAUGCUGGUCACAAAGCCACUAUGUUGGUUUUCUCAUGGCGCUAAUUUGUGCAAUCCUGACAUAUGUUUUUAGCUCACCUGUCACUAGUGACAAGGUGAGCUUUUGUGAUCGCGCAGCGUCCGUCGUCGUGCGUCCGUGCGUAAACUUUUCCUUGUGACAUAUCUCUAGAGGUCACAGUUUUCAUGGGAUCUUUAUGAAAAUGGGUCAGAAUGUUCAUCUUGGUAAAUUCUAGGUCAGGUUCGAAACUGGGUCACGUGCGGCCAAAAACUAGGUCAGUAGGUCUAAAAAUAGAAAAACCUUGUGACCACUCUAGAGGCCAUAAUUUUCAAUGGAUCUUCAUGAAAGUUGGUCAGAAUGUUCACCUUGAUGAUUUCUAGGUCAAGUUCGAAACUGGGUCACAUGCAGCCAAUAACUAGGUCAGUAGGUCUAAAAAUAGAAAAACCUUGUGACCACUCUAGAGGCCAUAAUUUUUCAAUGGAUUUUCAUGAAUGUGUUCAGAAUGUUCACCUUGAUGAUAUCUAGGAUAAUUUCGAAACUGGGUCACGUUCGGCCAAAAACUAGGUCAGUAGGUCUAAAAAUAGAAAAACCUUGUGACCUCUCUAGAGGCAAUAUUUUUCAAUGGAUCUUCAUGAAAAUUUGUCAGAAUGUUCACCUUGAUGAUAUCUAGGUCAAGUUCGAAACUUGGUCACCUGCGAUCAAAAACUAGGUCAGUAGGUCAAAAAAUAGAAAAACCUUGUGACCUCUCUAGAGGCUUUACUCUUCAGUGGAUCUUAAUGAAAAUUGGUCAGAAUGUUCAUCUUGAUGAUAUCUAGGUCAAGUUCGAAACUGUAUCACAACCGGUCCAAAACUAGGUCAGUAGGUCAAAUAAUAGAAAAACCUUGUAACCUCUGUAGAGGUCGUAUUUUUCAUUGGAUCUGCAUGAAAAUUGAUCAGAAUGUUCAUCUUGAUGAUAUCUAGGUCAAGUUUGAAACUGGGUCAACUGCAAUCAAAAACUAGGUCAGUAGGUCAAAUAAUAGAAAAUCCUUGUGACCCCUCUAGAGGUCAUAUUAUUCAUGGGAUCUGUAUGAAAGUUAGUCUGAAUGUUCAUCUUGAUGAUAUCUAGUUCAAAUUUGAAACUGGGUCAACUGCGGUUAAAAACUGGGUCAGUAGGUCAAAUAAUUGAAAAACCUUGUGACCUCUGUAGAGGCCAUAUUUUUCAUGGGAUCUGCAUGAUAAUUGGUCAGAAUGUUCAUCAUUAUGAUAUGUAGGUUAAGUUCAAAACUGGGUCACAUGUGAUCAAAAACUAGGUCAGUAGGUCAAAUAAUAGAAAAACCUUGUGACCUCUGUAGAGGCCAUAUUUUUCAUGGGAUCUUUAUGAAAGUUGGUCUGAAUGUUCUUCUUGGUGAUAUCUAGGUCAAGUUUGAAACCGGGUCAACUGCGGUCAAAAACUAGGUCACUAGGUCUCAGCAUAGAAAGACCUUUUGACCUCUCUAGAGGCCAUAUUUUUCAAUGGAUCUUCAUGAAAAUUGGUUGGAAUAUUUAUCUUGUUUUAGCUUCUUGUCCUUAAGUGCAGUGAUAACAGGUGAGCGAUAUAGGGCCAUUCUGGCCCUCUUGUAGAUAUAUAGAUAUACUUCCUUUAUGCUGUGAUUUUUUUUUCAAGGAUUUGAAUGACCUCACAAUUAAACGGAAGUAAGAUUAGAAACCCACCACUGUUUUAUUGAAAGACAAUGUCUGUAAAAUCUGAUAUAAAGACAUGAUUAAGAAUGUGUGAACUAAUACAAGGACAUUAAAACUGUGUAUUUUUAUAGCUGUAUGUUUUGCAGUAUACAUGUACAUUAUGUCUUAUAACAGACAUUGUUGACCUUUGAAACCAUCACUACAACACUAGGAUUGUGAAUGCUUUAUCACACCAGGAAGAAUUUGUCUUUGUUUAUUCUUGUCAACUAGGUGCUAUGUAAUCAAGUCAACUAUAUUGUUUAAUUUUUUGUACAACUUUUUUUUCUGUAAAAGGUAUCCAAUUUUCAUACUUACAAGUGUAAUAAACUACAAAUUUACA